AUGGCGGCCAUGGCAGUGACAUCCGCCUCUGCAGGCGCGUUGCCAGCUGUCUCCGCCGUUAGCUUCAAGGAGGAAAAGCUCUCUGUUGCCUCCUCUUGCACGCCGCUGAGUUCGGCUCAGGCAGGAUUUUUUGGGAAUUCGCUUCGCCAGCAGUCGCGAAGAGCCUCGCGCAAAGCCGCUUCCCAAGAACAUGGAGCCCUUCAGGUUGCUGCGACCGCAAACGCUUCAAGCGACGCUGAGAAGGAGCGGCUGCAGGCGAUGGUGGCGGAGAACGCGCGGCUGAAAGCCCGCUUGGCGGAGCUGGAGGGGGCGCUCUCGCUGGCCAUGCAGGGAGGCGGCGCGCCUGGCUCUCCUGCUGUUGCUUCUGAUGUGGCAACAGCAGCAACACCAGCCUCAGCAUCCGUCGAAGUUAUAGAAGAGGCAGUCGGGUCGGCUCAGAAAAGACAAGCUGUGCCGGCCACUGCUGCCCAGCAGAUCAUCUGGCCGUCUCCCCAGGAGGAGCCGCCGUUCUGGAUGCGCUGGCCAACCAGUGAAGGAUACGUGGCAGCAUCAGGGGUGGCGAGCAGCGGAUCAACAGGGGACGGAGUGGUGGGAGAGAGGGACUCGGAGCGCCUACACAUUGUGCACGUGACUGCUGAAAUGGCUCCCCUGGCGAAAGUCGGAGGCCUGGGCGAUGUGGUAACAGGUUUGGGCCGAGCCUGUCUGGCGCGGGGCCACACGGUGGAGGUUAUGCUGCCAUUCUACGAGUGUCUGGACACCAAGCAGAUCGCCAACCUGCAGCUCAAGCGCUCCUUUGGCUCCUACUUCAAGGGUGACUGGGUUGGCGUGGAGGCGUUCAGUGGGGAGAUCUCAGGCGUGCCAGUGGUGCUGCUGAAGCCCGAGAACCAUUUCUUCAGGGGAGGGCGCAUCUACGGCGGCUCCUACAACGAGCUCGAGGCGUACCUCUUCUUCAGCCGCGCCAGCCUCGAGUUCCUGCAGGUGACGGGAGCGCAGCCGGACAUUCUGCACAUUCACGAGUGGCACACAGCAGCGGUGGCGCUGCUCUACUGGGACAUCUACCACCAGCUCAACCUGCAGAAGCCACGUUUGAUUCUCACUAUCCACAACAUGGAGCACCACGGGGAGUGCAGAUGGGAGCAGCUGGACAUGUGUGGGCUGGACGGGCAGUCGUAUCUCGACUCUGAGAAGGCCAUGGACGACCGCACAGUGGGACACAACCCUGAGAGGCUGUCCAUGCUGAAGGGAGGGAUUGUGUACUCCAACAUUGUCACUACUGUGAGCCCCACAUAUGCCAGCGAGACUUUCUGCAACGGUUGGCUCGCCAACACGCUCCUCAAAUACCGCACCAAGUACUUUGGUGUGCUGAACGGUAUCGACACGGAAAUGUGGGACCCGCAAACCGACCCCCAUCUGCCCGCUCAUUUCUCACCCACCAGCCUGGCAGGCAAGAUGCUGUGCAAGCACUACGUGCAGCGGGGCCUGGGCCUCACACCUGAAAUAACACCUGAGGCAGCAGAGAAACUUGCAGCUGAUGCGUCAGCAGGGCCCGUGGCUGACUCAGCGCUGACUCAGCUGGUCACGGGGGAGCGGUCCCCAUUGGUAGUGUGCGUGACCCGUCUGGUGGCCCAGAAAGGCAUUCACCUGAUUCGCCACGCCAUUUACCAGACACACAAAUAUGGUGGACAGUUCAUUCUGCUAGGCUCGUCGCCUGAUGGCCGGGUACAGGGAGACUUCGUGAAGAUUGCAGAGGAGUUCCAAGAUGGCGGCAGUGUUCGUCUCGUUCUCACAUACAGUGAGAGCCUGGCUCACCAACUGUUUGCGGCGGCGGAUAUGGUCCUCGUGCCCUCCAUGUUCGAACCGUGCGGACUCACCCAGAUGAUUGGCAUGCGCUAUGGCACAGUGCCGGUGGUGAGGCGGACAGGGGGACUAGCUGACACAGUCUUUGAUGUGGACGAUGGGGGAAACAAAGAGAAAGCGAAUGGGUGA